AUGGAAGACAUUCCUUCGACGUCACGGCGUAUACUUAAACGAGAGCCGGAAGAGCGAGCGUCAUUAGCGUCAACCGGCGAAUACGUAUCUUCUUCCGGUCUGUACCCGAAUGACGUGCCUUGCAGCUUGAACGGCGGCAAAACGACGUUUGGCGUGGUGGUCAAAACGGAGCUGGUUGACACCGACGAAGCGGGAGCGCAAGAGACUCCGCCGUUGUUAGAUCCGUUCGCUCUGUGUAGAAGUAUCUUAGAGAACGAAAGCAGCGUUUGUCUCCCUAACGAGGCCCUGAAAGCGGGAGUGGAAGACUUACAGACAUCUGUCGUAGGCAACGAUGGUCAGCGAGACGGUGGUGGUGAUAGCACGUCGCGGAGCAUGCGACUAGCAAUGAAGGUGAACAGCCUGUGGAAUGCCAAUUAUGGAUCGGUGCUGGAGUCGGCCAGCGCCCAGCCCUCGCCCUCACCCUCAAACGCUUUUGGGACAGCCGAAUUGAGUCAUUCGAUGGCGUAA